AUUUGCAACGAUGGGCCUUCCAUUGCGGUGGACUCGACCCACCCCUGGAACCGGACAAGCUCUUCCACGACGGCGAGCAGCGUCACAUAAAAGGCCGCAUCCCGCCACGGCUCUGCUCUCUGUCGGCCGACGCUGCUCCCGCCCGUUCCAUUCGCACGCCGUUUCUCCCUGCCAAUAAUCGAGCGCUCCUACGCAACCCACGCCGACCAUGUCUGCCAAUUCAGUUGUUCCCACGGCCUACGAGCCCAAGGGCAUGAAGUUCCGCUACCUGGGCAACACGGGUCUCCAGGUCUCGCUCUUCUCGCUCGGCGGCUGGCUCACCUACGGCGCCACGCAGAAGGGAGACAUCGUGAAGCAGAUCCUGCAGACCGCCUGGGACCAUGGCAUUCAAACCUUCGACACGGCCGAGACGUACGCCAACGGCGCGUCCGAGAUCGAGAUGGGCCGGGCCCUGAAGGAGCUCGGCUGGCCGCGCGACGAGUACGUGCUCACGACCAAGAUCUUCUUCGGCACCGGCCGCAAGGAGCCCAACACGCGCGGCCUGUCGCGCAAGCACGUUGUCGAGGGGCUCAAGGCGUCGCUCGCCCGGCUGCAGACGCCCUACGUCGACGUCGUGUUCGCCCACCGCCCGGACCCGGCCACGCCGAUGCUCGAGAUCGUCGAGGGCUUCACGCAGGUGAUCCGCAACCUCAACCUGGCCUACUACUGGGGCACGUCCGAGUGGAGCGCGGCCCAGAUCACCGAGGCCAUCGGGCUCGCCGAGAAGCACAACCUGAUCGCGCCCGUGGUCGAGCAGCCGCAGUACAACGCGCUGCACCGCGAGCGCUUCGAGGUCGAGUACGCGCCCCUGUUCCGCCAGCACGGCUACGGCACCACCAUCUGGAGCCCGCUGGCCAGCGGCCUUCUGACGGGCAAGUACAACAACGGCAUCCCCGAGGACUCGCGCUUCGCCCACAACAAGGACUUCUUCGCGAACACCAUCAAGGAGCUGCAGUCGGAGCAGGGCAAGGCCAAGAUCGAGAAGGUCAAGAAGCUGACCGCCAUCGCCGAGCGCCUCGGCCACUCCGUCACCCACCUCGCCCUGGCCUGGGCCGCCAAGAACCCCAACGUCAGCACCGUCAUCCUCGGCGCCACCAAGGUCGAGCAGGUCGUCGACAACCUGAAGGCCCUCGACCUGAUCGACAAGCUGACGCCCGAGAUUAUGGAGGAGAUCGAGGCCGUGCUGGACAACAAGCCCAAGGGCGUCUUCACCUUCGGCCGCGACAGGUGAGCUGGGCAGCGGUCAUCUGCAGUCGGUGGGUGAAGGGGGGAUUUGGGGAAAGACAUAG